AUGUACGAAUCUGUUACGAAUCUGUUGAUAACGGCAAAUUUAAAUUUCGUUCUUUCCUUUUUCAUUCUGGGUAAGUUGUGCUGGCGUAGUGAUGACGUGCAGGAGUUAAUCUAUCGCAAUCAACAUUUGAUGCGUUUAAGGGAAGGAAGUAGUUUCACAGUAAAAGGUUAUACGAAAAGCUAUUGUCAAGGAUUUUGUAUAAAUUUCAUUAUCGAGAAUCUUACUCGAGAUAUUGCUUUGCAUAUUAGUCCCCGACUGCCUCAAAAUUAUAUUGUACGCAAUACCAAAAUUGAAUCUGUUUGGGGAGUCGAGGAGGAAGCGUCUGCUCUCCCCUUCAAGUUGAAACGUGGCCACGCCUUUACCAUACAAAUUCUCUUCACGAACGCGCACGUUCUCAUCAGCGUGAAUGGCUGUCAUUUUUGCAGAUACGCGCAUCGCUUACCUUAUUGCGAGAUACGAACCAUCGAAAUAAGAGGCCAUGCAGAUCGUAUUAAAGUAGAACGUGUUAUGGUAGACAGCUAUCCUGAACGCCUGCCUCAUACUGUGCCCUCACCAAUACCGUUAAAGUCGCUAAGCGAUUUUGACAGAAAUUUCGAGGACGGAGACGACACUUAUGUGAAAGAGCUGCGCCAGAUAUUAAUGCCAACACGUUUAACUCUUGGAAUGAUGACGAAAAAUGAAAUUCCUUUGCCAUAUUAUGGGACAUUUCCGAGUGGCAUUUUGCAAGUAGGACGCAUUUUAAAAAUCGAUGGGCGAAUAAAGCUACUGCCGCAAUCGUUUUUUGUCAAUAUACAAAUUGGUUGCAAAGUCUGGCCGCCACCCACGGUAGGGUUACACAUCAAUGUACGCUUUAACAAACAACUUGCCGGAAACGUUGGUCGAACUAUAGUUGUGCGCAAUGUGUACUCAAAUGGAGCCUGGGGUAGAGGUCAUCGUUUUGAUGUCGAUACUGAAUUCCGCCCAGGUAAAGCUUUUACAAUGUUGAUAUCUUGCACGCACACAUAUAUGAAAGUUCACGUGAACCAUCGUGUGUUACUGAAAAACGCUAAUGCUAUUGAUCCUACCUUGCUUGACACCGUCUAUAUACAAGGCGACAUUAAACUGUGGAAUGUUAUGCUAGUCACGGAAUCUUAUUUGCCCCGAAGAACCAAAUGGAGCGUGAUAGCUUCAAAUAUCCGAUUUAUAAAUCGAAAAGAUGCAAAAAGCAAAUAA